AUGAUCCAGGCCAAGUUCAAUGCGUCUGCAUCUGAGCAACGAGAUGCAGACCACUUGGAAAAAAGUGGGACAAUCUGUGCGCGCUCCACAGGGAUGGGACCAGUGCCUUCGAAAUACAGCCUCGUCACAGAGGCUGUGAUGGAUGAUGUUGGCAGGAGUACUGCCUCUGUUGUUGGAGCCGCAACUAUGGCUACUGACAGUACCUUCAACAUGCUUAUCAGUAUUGAACAACCAGUAUUCGUAGCUCCAGCCCCCGCCCUGACACCAUCUCAAGGCCCUGUAAAGAGAAAGAACUGUUGCUGUGAUUGCCACACGGAGGUGGAAAGGCUGAUGGCCAAACAACUGAAGCUACAGAUCCAGUAUUUGAAGUUUAAAUUAAAAAGAACUGGAGAUACUACAUUUGAACAGUAGAUGCCCUCCAUCCUUGGCGAUUCAUUUCAGUGUUUUAAUAUAUAUUGUUAUAAAAUGUUUAAGUGACAAAAUAACAAUAGCAUAUAAAAGUUGUGUGUAUUAUUAGUCUUGGAAUUAUUUUUACCCCCUGUGCCUUGCAUAUUGGGGGAAAAAGUUGACUUUGGGAAAACUACAAAAUCGGGCUAAAAUAGCAAAUAUAAUGGUAAAUUUACUUGUUUUCACUUUUUGCAUUUAUCAAAUUGGG